AUGGCCGCGCGGUCCCGGCGCCCCUGGCUGAGUGUCGUCCUGGGGCUGGUCUUGGGGUUCACCGUCGCCUCCUGGCUCAUCGCCCCCAAAGUGGUCGAGCUGAGCGAGAGGAAAAGGCGCGGCGGCCACGGCGGCUCCCUGAGCGGAGGCGGCGGCGGCGGUGGCGGCGGCAGCAAUAACCUCUGUGCUUUCUAUGGCCGCGUGGCUGGUCUGCCCGGAGGAAAGAGGCAGCUGCGACCCGAGGAGCCGGCGAUCGCGGCUGCAGGCUUGGGUGGCGGUAGGCACAGGCGAUGGGAGAGGGAGCCACAGCCGCCCCCGGCUCCGCCCGCCGCAGAAGGGCCAAUGCCGAGUCUCCCGGUUGCAGCUGCUGGAAGAGACCCCCAGGAAGAGGACGAGGAGGAGGAAGAAGGCGGCGCCGGCCGCCACGGCAGCAGCCACAACGGCAGCGGGGACUACGCGGGCACCCCGGGCUGUGCCAAAACCCGGCACUUCCUUUACGUCGGGGUGAUGACCGCCCAGAAGUACCUGGGCAGCCGAGCGCUCGCAGCGCAGCGGACCUGGGCGCGCUCCAUCUCCGGACGGGUGGAGUUCUUCUCCAGCGAGGGAUCGGUCCCUCCUCCCGGCCUAAAAGGAGAGCAGCCCCUGCCAGUCGUGGCUUUACCCGGCGUGGACGACUCGUACCCGCCGCAGAAGAAAUCCUUCAUGAUGCUCAAGUACAUGUACGACCAUUACCUGGACACCUAUGAGUGGUUUAUGCGGGCGGACGACGAUGUCUACAUCAAAGGUGAAAAAUUGGAAGAGUUCCUUCGGUCACUGAAUAGCAGCAAACCUCUUUAUUUGGGACAGACAGGACUAGGAAAUACAGAAGAACUCGGAAAAUUGGGUCUUGAACCAGGAGAGAACUUCUGCAUGGGAGGGCCUGGGAUGAUCUUCAGUCGUGAGGUUCUCAGAAGGAUGGUACCCCAUAUAGGUGAAUGUCUUCAAGAGAUGUACACGACUCAUGAGGACGUGGAAGUGGGCAGAUGUGUUCGGCGAUUUGGUGGUACUCAGUGUGUCUGGUCAUAUGAGAUGCAGCAAUUGUUCCAUGAAAACUAUGAACGCAACCGGAAGGGUUACAUACAGGAUCUUCACAACAGCAAAAUUCACACCGCAAUUACACUUCAUCCAAAUAAAAGACCAGCCUAUCAAUAUAGACUUCAUAACUACAUAUUGACUCGCAAAAUUUCAGAACUGCGUUACCGCACCAUCCAGCUCCAUAGAGAAAGUGCUCUCAUGAGCAAGCUCAGUAAUGAUGAAAUAAACAAAGAAGAUCAGCUUCUGGGAAUGACACCAUCUUUCAGUCGUUUCCAGCCCCGUGACAGGAAUGAAGUCAUUGAAUGGGAUUUUCUGACUGGAAAGCUCCUUUAUUCAAUAGCUGAGAAUCAGCCACCUAGGCAAAACAUUAAUAACGUCCUUCGAGCAGCAUUAGAUGACACUGUAAUGCAGGUAAUGGAAAUAAUCAAUGAGAACUCUAAAUCUAGAGGAAGGCUUAUUGACUUCAAUGAAAUACAGUAUGGAUACCGCAGGGUUGACCCUCUGCAUGGUGUAGAGUAUAUAUUAGAUUUGCUGCUUUUAUAUAAAAGGCACAAAGGAAGAAAAGUCACUGUUCCAGUUCGAAGACAUGCUUACCUUCAACAAUUAUUUAGUAAGCCUUUUUUCAGAGAGGAAGAAGACCUGGAUGUAAGAAGUGUGACGGAAAAUGGGCAGAGUGACACACAAUCCCUCUCUUUCCUUUCUAAUUCCCUGAAGAUGUUUUCACCAUUUCAAGACACCAAAGAAUUAAGGGGAAGCAAUAAUAAGAAGAUACACAUUCUUGUCCCUCUCACAGGAAGAUACAAUAUUUUCUUGAGAUUUAUGGAGAAUUUUGAAAAGACUUGCCUUGUUACCAAGCAGAACGUGCGGCUGGCAGUUAUUCUCUUUAGCCCAGAUUCUAGUCAGGAGUCCAUUAAACACAUAGAGUUGAUCAAUGCAUAUCGCAAUAAGUAUCCUAUAGCGGACAUCACUGUUAUUCCUAUGACAGGAGCUUUUUCAAGAGGUUUGGGUCUUGAAACGGCUUCCUCUCAGUUUGAUAACGAUACAUUGCUACUAUUCUGUGAUGUUGACCUAAUAUUUACUCCAGACUUUCUUCAGCGGUGUCGAGUUAACACUAUCCAAGGAGAACAAGUUUACUAUCCUAUUAUCUUCAGCCAAUAUGACCCUAAAGUAACCUAUGGAGACCACCCUCCUUUGGACAGUUACUUUGUUUUCACCAAGAAAACAGGGUUUUGGAGAGAUUAUGGAUUUGGUAUCACUUGCAUUUAUAAAAGUGAUCUUAUAAAUGCAGGUGGAUUUGAUACCUCAAUUCAAGGUUGGGGACUUGAGGAUGUAGACCUUUUUACUAAAGUGACAACUUCUGGCUUGAAGGCAUUUAGAAGCCAAGAAGUGGGGGUUGUGCAUGUGUUCCAUCCAGUUCAUUGUGAUCCCAGUCUAGAGUCUAAACAAUAUAAGAUGUGCUUGGGGUCUAAAGCAAGUACAUUUGGCUCUGCAAUGCAAUUAGCUGAAAUAUGGCUAGAAAAGCAUUUAGGUCUUAGGUAUAAUAAUACGUUCUCCUGA